AUUCUUCAAUGCGGCAGCUUCUCAAUUCAUUAUGGGACAAUCCAUCCCCAUAACACUAUGGUUGUCUCUAGCUCCUGUUGUUCUUGGUGUUGCAAUGGCUUCACUAACCGAGCUAUCAUUCAACUGGCUCGGCUUCAUCAGUGCGAUGAUCUCAAACAUUUCUUUCACUUACCGAAGCAUCUUCUCCAAGAAAGUCAUGACUGAUAUGGACAGUACAAAUGUCUAUGCUUACAUCUCCAUCAUUGCUCUCUUCAUCUGCAUUCCUCCUGCCAUCAUCGUGGAAGGUCCUAAACUGCUGAACCACGGUUUCGCCGAUGCGAUUGCUAAAGUGGGAAUGACAAAAGUCGUUACUGAUCUCUUCUGGGUUGGAAUGUUUUACCAUCUCUACAACCAGGUAAUACACAAUUCAAGUUUCUUUUGUUUAACCUUAACCUCCUGUGUUUUAAUAGAGCAAAAUUUUUUUUAAAAACCGCGGUUGCAG